GGAAUUGGAAUAACAAUUUGAGAUCUAGGUGCAUUCCGCGGUACAAUAUAUACAGUGGAAAAGGUCCAGUGUUAGAUGUUAUCUUAAUAGAAUAUAUUGGAGCCGUUUACUGUAGUUACUACACGUUUAUCAGGCACUCAAAAUUACGAAUUUGUCUAUGCUAUCUAUUUAGCGUAUUUCGCCUGAAACGUUAUUGGUGAUGUUCCCGUCGGAUUCUACGUGUGUUUCUUAACCUUUUAAGAAUACCUGCCAAGAGCACAAUUUAUUUAAAAGGUGGUUGCAAGCAACGUUGACUCUGCUUGCCCGUUCUGUGUGGAAUCCCGUGCCGUGGUUUGAAAACUGCCCGCGUUCCCGUGUGUUUCACGAAGAACAAGCGCAACCAGCACAGCCACUGGCGGAAAACGGAGGCUGAGAGAGGGGAUUGGUGAAGCACGUCUCCGAUUUGGCCGUAUCAGCAGUUAGCCGCUGUCUGCAUAGGUAUCAAGUGAAAAGAGAGGUUAUUUUUAUAGCGAACGCGGCAGAAAGAUCAGCAUCACUGGACACGGGGCACAUGAUAGACAAUUGUUCAUGGAGUCGCAACGGCGGUGGACAGCAGAAAGAUUCUGCACUGUUUAAGGAUAUUCUCCAUUUAAAAGAACCAGUAGGCACGGAAAUGAUCACCGUCGAAUCUAGAGAAAGUCAACAUUACGUCUGGAGGCGAUUGACCCUGUGGAUGCUGACUUCUGUCCUCGCAGAGGAGGAACCCUGACACGAGUUCCUGCAGACCUUAUUGUGUGAAGUACAGGAAUUUGGACUGCUCAUCACAUCCGUAUCUGAGGACCUGAAGUGCUCUUCAGCCGCCCUGUCCUGGUUUACCCCUCCUGGUGUGCGGUUCUACUCCAUCAGUGGCCCCUAAUCAGCUCAUAAAAAAGAGCUACGUCCAGUACCAUCUUGGGAACAUCACCUGUCUCUAGCUGUGGAGGAAAGCUGUCUCGCCCUGGUGCUUUGUAGACAGUCGGCCCAAGAGGCCAACCCUUCCAAAAUGUCCACCAAGGCCCCUAUCUACCUGAAGCGGGGCAGCCGAAAGGGCAAGAAGGAGAAGCUGCGGGACAUCCUGUCCUCGGACAUGAUCAGCCCCCCGCUGGGGGACUUCCGGCACACCAUCCACAUCGGGAGCAGCGGCGGCGAGAACGACCUUUUCGGCGACCUGUCCUUCCUGCAGGGCAAGUUCCACCUGCUCCCGGGGCAGCAGGGCCACAGCCUGUCGCAGCGCUGCAGCCAGUACGGAGCGCCCUUCCAGUUCACCCGCACGGCCAGCGUGUGCACACACCCGCCCUCCUCCGAGAGCUCGCCCCUGCUGAAGAACGCCAUCUCCCUGCCUGUCAUCGGGGCGGUGCAGGCCAUCACGCUGCCGGCCUCCGGCUCCGCCCCGGAGCCCGACCCCGCCUCCGACUCCACCUCCGCCUCCGACUCCGCCCCCGACUCCCCGCCCCCGCAGCCCGGAUCGCCCACCCAAGCCCCGCCUCCCAAACCUCCCAGGCUGCACCUCGACGACAAGGCCUCGGCCCUCAGCCGAGAGUCCUCCACGCAGUCCUCCAGCACGCCCUCCCCCCUAACCCCGCCACCCUCCAGGGCCUCGCUGGAUGCCGAGCGGUGCCUCCAGGACCCGGAUGAGGGCCUCCAGGAGCAGCCUUACCUGUCCCACGCCGGCUCCCUGCUGUCUCUGCACCUGGACCUGGGGCCGUCCAUCCUGGACGAUGUUCUCCAGAUCAUGGACAAGCACAGCGUGGGGGGCCUGAAUGGGGCCUGUGUGCAUGGGGGGCGGCAGGAGAUCGCCACCUGAGGACCCCUCCCCUUCCCCCUCCCCCCUUCCCAUUGACAAAAAACUCUCCCCCUCCUCCUGUUCCGAUUUUAUUCCUUUUGAAUAUACCUGCUUGUGUCUAACACCAAGCCUGGCGAGAAGACGUGGAUUGGUAACAGAGAGCACUUGUUUUAGCUUCUUUUCUGGACCUUUUCUCUUUUGUUACUGUGAAUUGUUCUUUUAGCCUUUCUGUGUUGAAUCCCGGAAUUGUGCAUUUUUGUACUGUGUAAAAGACACGAUGGGUGAGCUUCCUAACCCAUAACGCCCUCCCUUUAAUUCACAUGUCCAGCUUAAGCAGGACCUGCAGAUGUGAAAGGUAGUGCUGAGGACACUAGAGGACACUGUCGGCAAUGCGUUUGCUGCCUGCUUCUGCUACGCACCGUACUUAUCCUACUGUACCCUUGCGUAUACUCCUUUGAGAUUAUUUGAAAGAGCCGCUGGAUUUUUAAAGAGUUCCUUUUUUUGGGUCUGUGGCCUGAUUAGUUUGACAGGGCUGAUUCUCCGUCAGGCUGUGGCACUGCGGGUGUGGGAGGAGGGGGAGUAUCGAUCGAUCGUCAGCCUUCAUCCAAAAGCUCCUCUCUGAGGCAGCCCCAGGAGACACGGAGAGGCCUACCUUUUAUCCCCCCGAACCGCUCUCAGGCACUGACGAACAAAAACCGAUUCCCUUAACCUUCUUCUCGCAAGUAUUCCUCUAAGAAUCGCGCUGACUCUCCAUCUCAGAUCUUGUGAGAUGAAAGAAAUGCUGCUCCCGGAGAAUCAUCCACCGUUUCAAAGAGCAUCCGCCACGUAGGCCCAGGUGCGGUUGAUGAAUAGCGGGGGGCUCGAACAAACGGCAAGCUGCUUCAUUGAAGUGUGUCCGCUGCUCACUGCAUUUCUGUUAACGCCGCACCUCAUUGGUCAUCCUGGAGGAGGGCUGGGGGCAGUUCUGGCUUUUAGUCUCUGCUCAGCCUGACACACACACACACACACACACACACACACAGACAUUGAGAGCUGAAGAGGUUGUAUGUGUCGUCUGUCACAUGACUUCACUUUCUGGCGCCGUUAAUCAGGGAGCGCUUCUUCUAGAGACCUGUCUGUGACUGCAUUGGGCAAGCCUUGGACUUCUCCUCCAGGAAGGAGCACAAAUAUGAGAUGUUUCAGUUGGACAUUAUCACCGAACUAUAAAGUCGUGCCAUUUUUCUUCUAUCAGACUGUACAUUGACAUAAAGUGGGAAUAGAUGCUUGUGAAUCCAUGUAAACCUGCAAUAAAGCUAGCAACACUGAUAAUAAUAUUUAAAAUAUAAUUAUUUCUUGUUCCUGCAUAGCAACUCGGGAGAGCCACAGAAGUCGAUUUUAUGGGUCCAUCAUAGUAAAAUUUCUCCUGAAAGCUGAGAGAGUCUAGGAUGUGGAGGACUGAUUGUCGGCCUUCAUUCUAUGGUUAAUAAAGGGUGUAGUCGAUGCAGAAAAAGUUCUUGAUAAGUUUGUGUUUGCAAUUCCUGUGUCUUGUCAUCAGGACGCACUAGUGCAUAGCACUUUCUCCAUUUUCACCCUGUGUAAGUUUAGUCAGACUGGGCUUAUGAACUUUUACAUUUUUAGAAAUGAUAACUAAAGGUAACUAUGUGGUAUCACUGAUACUUUCUUCUCUCAUACUUCCCAGUAAUACUGGAGGCUCAAAAGUUUUCUUGCCCUCUCAAAAAUGAAUAAAUACAAACAAUCAUAA